AUGAAUGGUGUUACAGAUGAUGCUAUCAGACUUCGCCUUUUCCCUUUCUCAUUACGGGAUAGGGCGAAGGAAUGGUUAAGGAACGAGCUAGCUACCUUUAGUCAAUCUGAUGAUGAGUCUUUAUAUGAGGCAUGGAGAAGAUUCAAGCGCUUACAGAGACAAUGCCCUCAUCAUGGUAUCCCAGAGUGGCUGUUGAUCCAAACAUUCUACAAUGGUCUGACCCAUGAGUUUUGCAUAUACAUUGAUGCUGCAUCCGGGGGUUCUCUCAUGACUAAGAACCCAACUGAAGCCAAGGAGCUAAUUGAGAAGAUGGCAGCCAAUGAUAAUUAUCACCCAGGGGGCAGAAAUACUGUGAAGACUAGAGGAAAAUUUGAUGUUGAUGGCCAUAUUGCUCCACAAUGUCAACCGCCCUCUGAUGAAAUAUCAAUCGAGCAAGCAAAUGCCUUCUAUACUACGGCAUCUAAAAGGUUGUAUGAUGCUCAAGCUCAAUUGUAUUCUCUGCCACCACCACCUAAUCUUCAAGAAAGGGCAUCUUUUAAUCACCAACCCAUGUAUCAACAACUACCACCGCAAACUUCAAAAUACAACCUCGAUUCCACUAUAGAGACUUUCACUACCUCCCUUCUUCGACAGCAAGAGCUUAUGACAAAGCAAUUUGAGCUACAAGGAAAGCAAAAUGAACACUUUGAAAGCUCAAUUCAAUUCCUUAUGGCUCAAAAUAAGAGGAUAGAAACCCACCUUUCUCAACUUUCACAACAAGUGAGUCAUUUAUCAACUCUUCAUGAUCAAGCAAAAGUCAAAAAGGAACAAUGCAAUGCAGUUUUCUUGAGAAGAGAUGAAUUAUUUCCGAGGAAAAUAGAUGAGAAAGUGUGCAGUGUGGAGCCAAAAAAAGAUGAACAGGGUGAGGAUGUAAAAAGUCCCAAACAUGUUGCUCCAUCGGCUUAUGAGGAACCGAUGCCCUUCCCGCAAAGGUUGUCAAAAGCCGUGCUCGAUAAACAUUUUGGGAAAUACUGCGAAGCUCUUAAGAAGGUACACACUUCUAUUCCUUUUUCCGGUCUUUUAAUUCAAAUGCCUCAAUUUGCAAAUUUUAUGAAGAAUAUUAAAGAUCAACAUGAGGAUAAGGAAGUAGUAAAUGAGAAAGGCUCUACUCUUUUAUGUGAUAGCAUACCACCUAAGCUGCAUGAUCCUGGUAGUUUCACUAUUCCCUGUAUGAUAAACGAAAAAAAUUUCGACAAGGUUUUGUGUGAUUUAGGUGCUAGUGCUAAUUUAUUGCCUUAUUCAUUAUAUGAAAAAUUGGGUAUUCGAAAACUUAAACCUUCCCCUAUUUCUCUUCAAAUGGCUGCUAGGACUUCUAGACUCCCUAUGGGUGUGGUUGAGGAUGUAUUAGUUAAGGUUGAUGAACCUGUUUUUCCUGUUGAUUUUGUUGUUAUGGACAUAAAAGAAGACCAUAAGAUCCCGAUUAUAUUCGAUCGUCCAUUCCUUGCCACAAGUCAAGCUCUAAUAGAUGUUCGUAAAGGACAAGUGACCACUAGGGCCCAGAAUAAACAAGUCAUGUUUAAGCUCUUUAAUGAACAUAAUUUCAUAUUUGAUGGUGGUACUUGUUUAAGAAUUGAUACUACUAACACUUUGGUUGAUAAGUGUGUAUUUGGUAGAAAUUUUGUGAUAAACAAGGACAGAAUUCCACCAAAUGAUGUGUUUAGCUACAUGAAGGUAAGUUCGGAUACAAAGCAUGUCAAAUAUAAAGUGAAGGAGUCACUUGGAGGCAGAUAUUUUCAUGGGCAACAUCGUGGAGUUCCUUCUUCGUGUGGUGACCCAGGUUGA